UCGCGGGCUCAGGUAGCGCGCGGUGACUGCCGGCUAUAGCCGCGACCCGGGUCGUACUCGCCGCACAUUGGAGGCUUUGGCCGCCGCUCGAGCCUGCCCGACGCCUUGGCCCCCUUGUGGACGGCGUUCCGGCCCCACCACCUGGACCCACCGGCCGGCCGCUACCUCUGGCACCCAGGCCGUCGCAGUGACCCCGCCCCCGGGCCGAGGAUGUGAGGCGGGCCGGGCGUCCCCGCACCAGGCCCGGGCGCCGGCAGUGGGCGUCUGGGCCUCGCCGGGCAAUGGCCCUGCUGCCGGUUCUCCUCGCCUCCUGGGCCCGGGGCCAGUGAGGCGGCCGGCGGGCGUGGGCGAGCGGCCCCGUCGCGGCGCGGGCGCCAUGGAGGGCGUGCUGUACAAGUGGACCAACUAUCUGAGCGGUUGGCAGCCUCGAUGGUUCCUUCUCUGUGGGGGAAUAUUAUCCUAUUAUGAUUCUCCUGAAGAUGCCUGGAAAGGUUGCAAAGGGAGCAUCCAAAUGGCAGUCUGUGAAAUUCAAGUUCAUUCUGUAGAUAAUACGCGCAUGGACCUGAUAAUCCCUGGGGAACAGUAUUUCUACUUGAAGGCCAGAAGUGUAGCUGAGAGACAGCGGUGGCUGGUGGCCCUGGGAUCAGCCAAGGCUUGCCUGACAGACAGCAGGACCCAGAAGGAGAAAGAAUUUGCUGAGAAUACUGAAAACUUGAAAACCAAAAUGUCGGAACUAAGACUCUACUGUGACCUCCUUGUUCAGCAAGUAGAUAAAACAAAAGAAGUGACCACAACUGGUGUUUCUAAUUCUGAGGAGGGAAUUGAUGUGGGAACUCUGCUGAAAUCGACCUGCAAUACUUUUCUGAAGACCUUGGAAGAAUGCAUGCAGAUUGCAAAUGCAGCCUUCACCUCUGAGCUGCUUUAUCGUACUCCCCCAGGAUCACCGCAACUGGCCAUGCUCAAGUCCAGCAAGAUGAAACAUCCAGUUGUACCAAUUCACAAUUCAUUGGAAAGGCAAAUGGAACUGAACACUUGUGAAAAUGGAUCUUUAAAUAUGGAAAUAAAUGGUGAUGAAGAUAUCCUAAAGAAAAAUAAGAGCUCCUUAUAUUCAAAAUCUUCAGAGAUAGACUGCAGCAUAUCAAGUGAAGAAAAUACAGAGGAUAAUAUAACAGGUAAAAACAAAAAUAAAAAAGAAAAUGGAGAGAAAAACCUGGGAAAUGACAAUGAUUUAGCACAACCUGGAUCAGAUUCCAGUUGCUCUCCAGAAUCCCUCUGGGAAGAAGGCAAAGAAGUUAUCCCAACUUUCUUUAGUACCAUGAACACCAGCUUUAGUGACAUUGAACUUCUGGAAGACAGUGGGAUUCCCACAGAAGCAUUCUUGGCAUCAUGUUAUGCUGUGGUUCCAGUAUUAGACAAACUUGGUCCGACAGUGUUUGCUCCUGAAAUGGAUCUUGUCGGAAAUAUUAAGAAAGUAAAUCAGAAGUAUAUAACCAACAAGGAAGAAUUUACUACCCUCCAGAAGAUAGUGCUACAUGAAGUAGAGGCGGAUGUAGCUCAGGUUAGGAACUCAGCUACUGAAGCCCUCUUGUGGCUGAAGAGAGGUCUCAAAUUUUUAAAGGGGUUUUUGACAGAAGUGAAAAAUGGAGAAAAGGAUAUUCAGACAGCCCUGAAUAACGCGUAUGGUAAAACAUUACGGCAACACCACGGCUGGGUAGUUCGAGGGGUUUUUGCGUUAGCUCUGAGGGCAGCGCCAUCCUAUGAAGAUUUUGUAGCUGCUUUAACCAUAAAGGAAGGUGACCACCAGAAAGAAGCUUUCAGUAUUGGAAUGCAGAGGGACCUCAGCCUUUACCUCCCUGCCAUGGAAAAGCAGCUGGCCAUACUGGACACUUUAUACGAGGUACAUGGACUGGAGUCUGAUGAGGUGGUGUGACGACUGCAGGACAGCGCCUCCUAACUUCAGGGAAUAAAGUUUGCUAAAGAAUUGUGUUGCCCUACUUAAUUUCCAGCAACAGCUUCAAUCCUCUCCAACCCCUUUCCUUGGGGGGAUAGAGAAGAGGAGGCAAAACCCAGUGCUUUUUAUAUAUAAUUUUUAAAAAUAUAUGUGUUUUGUGUGUUUAAAAAUCGAGGUGCUAUAUAUUUCAGUUCAAUGGACCUACUGGAAACCAAAUCAUAGCUGUUACAGACUUGAACAGCAAGUAAUAAGAGCAGAUUUGACAAUUUAGUUUGUUGGCAUUGUUUUGUAUUGUUUGUUUUAGUUUUAAAGGGACACCCAAACCUAAGCUAUAAAUGAGCAAAUUCUGUACCAAGGAUAAGUCAGUCAAUGUUUAAAUUCCUUAGAAUUAGAAUGAGCACUUGGAGUGUAAGCCUCUUUGUUGAAGCAAUUACAAUGUAGAAUUUGCUAUCUGUAGAUGUUUUCAGUGAAUUCUCUUCUCAAGUGAAAAGGUUCAGUCAUUGCUGUGACCAGGAGAUUGUUGGAAGACACAAACAAGGACUGCCAUCCCCAUUAAUAGGUUAGAAGACUGUGGCUCCAUGAGCUGAGUGGUGUGCCCUAUGCCCACUCUGGAUGACAGUGGUAGUGGUGGGCCAGGUCAUUCAAAAUGACACCUACCUAGUGCCCCCCUCUUUGCCAGCCUGUUUCCUAUGCAUUAUCUCAAUUGGACAUUACAACACAAAGUUGACACAUCAGGGAAUUUUUUUCCCACUUCAAAAGUAAAAUUUAGAGGUAAAAGGAUCUGUUUAUGGUUGUCUCUUAAGUAGAGGAGCCAGAUGAUUUCAAAGUGGACCGCCUCUGUAUUAGAGUCAGAUGUAGAGUACUUAUUCAAGAACAUUCCCAGGAUACCUGAAGAACCCAAAUCUGGGGUUAGGACUGAGGAAUCUGCAUUUGGAUAAAUUUCCCAAGUGAUUCUUAUGCACACAAAGUUGAAGACCAUUCAAUUAAAUUCGAGUUUUCAUAAUUCCCAGUCUUUUUCAAGAACUACAUUUGUCCUUUGUAAAAGAGAAAAAGGCUCAUCAUUUAAGUAAUGAUAGUAAAUAAUAGUUAAAUGGAGAGCAGGUUUACUCAACAACAUUUUUAACUGAGCUAGCAUUAGCACCGAAUCUUGGCCUAACAUUCAGUGGCUAUGACUCUAGAAUCUCCUCCCUCAUUGAGUUCAGCUUAAUGACCAAGAGUACGGAACAAACUAAAUGCAGCUGCUUAUCAAUCUUAAAAGCUUUGGAUGAUGUCAGAAUUUACAGAUGGGACUUGAGAAUUUCAUAAAACAACCUUGGGUGGACAUUGUUCUACAAAGUGUGAUCCCCAAACAGGGGCCCUCAUCUCCAAGUGGUAGGCCAAUCUGCUUGGAUUGUGCAUAGGAGAGAAGCCAUGAGUGCCUUCUCCAUCAGAGGCUACUUCCUUCUGGUAACAGAAAGGGAAGUUCCAGCACAAGGUAGUUCCCAUGAUGAGGUCCUUUGAGGGACAUAAGUGAAUGGAGCAGCUGUGGAUGAUGCUCUUCUUGCUAUAGACCCCUAGUGCAGGAAGAUCAUCUCCUUAGCAGAGAGCUUCAUAUAUGAAGGGGUACUGAUUUCAUCUGUUCAUUAAUUAAUUGAAAUUAAUGAAGCAAGUAGGGUUCUCUGAUAGACUGAGGUAGGAAGAGGAUUGCUUGAGCCCAGGAGUUAAAGACCAACUUGAGCAUCAUAGCGAGACCCCACCAUCCCAGAAGAAAAGUUAAAUCAGAUUUUUUUUAAAAAUUAAGCAGGUAUUUCAUCUACAUAAGAACUUUUGGAAAAUACUUAAAUUUAGAAAAGCAGCUUCAUAUGUUUUAAGACCAGGGAUAAAAAGGGCGAUAAAAUGAUAUUGAUUGUAUUGUAUUUUAACAUUUGCUGUCAGCAACUGCUAAGGUGUAUACAUUAUUUUCCUCCACUUAUGUGAGUUCUUUGUAUGAAUCUCAUUCUCUGACUGAGAUGAAUAAGAGGGUGGGGUUAGGGGACAAUUUAGACCUCCUGUGAUUGAAAUAACUUCCUAAAAGGGAAAAGAAAAAGCAGUCUUUGCUUGUACUCUGAGGAAAGAUGCUUUAGGCACCAUGCCAGUUGAUGUUGUGAAGUACGACUGUUCUAAGCAACUGCUGGUGCUCCUCAUCACCUCAGGUGAACUCUUGUGGUCUCUUGGAAAGGAGGUGAGUGCUUUGAAAAUAACCUCAGGUUGUUGUCAAGGCUCUGAGUGCACACAAAGGAAAGCUGCUGUUUCACAUUUUUAUAGGUACUGUAUAGGUGUUUAUGACUCAGGUUUUGGAGGAAGAGGAGUUUAAUAUUAUCUCGGGCCAUUGGGAACCCAGAUCAGACAGAAUAGCUUGUAUAACUUGAAUAAGUUCCAGCUUCCAAACACCCCUUUUCCAGCCCUGUUCCUCACUGGAGCAUUAAGUUUGCUAAGAUGUGUAAAACUUAAAUAAAACAGUAUUUUAUUUUUUGGUAAACCUCAUAGUAAACAACAAAUGCAGCAAAAUUGGAACUUCCUCCUGGAUCUGUGGUAUUUGUUUCUUCAUUUUAGUUAAGAUAUAAUUUAUACUGAUUUGCAAUUAUUUUUCUAAGAAGGAGACAAUGAGAAAAGAUACUUAAAGUUUUCUCCCAUAGUACUACAAGAGUUCUGGAACAACACCUAAGCUUUUUUUCACCCUGACAGUGAGAGAUGCAAACUCUAGUAUAUUUGUUGAAAGAGUAGUCCUUCUUUUACUGCUCAGAACACUUUUAGGAUUACUAUUCUAGUAUAACCUUUAGAGAGAACCUAAAGAAAAGGAGGUGUCUUACUAGAUAUUAACAGAAGCAAAUAAGCAGCAUUACUGACCUGUUGUUGAACAAUUCACACACUCGAUUUCAUCAAUCCUCAACUCGUGGAAGCCAACCUUUGCCUUCACCAGGGAUCAGUGGUGUUUGUAGUGUUGAAUAAAGCUUUUUAAGGAUGGCAAGUCUUAUCCUUUGAAAGCAAAUCUGAUUCAUUACAGUUAAUACUGUGAAAAAUGGUAAAUUGAAGGGGUACCUUUUGGGGUCUAAACCAACUUUAUCUAUAAGAAGGAGGUGAUUUUUUGGUGAGCUCUUGAUCCAGCUCUGAAGGAAGUUCCAGAAGGGGACUCUAAGAAUACUGAGCCCCUUGGCCCCAUGGAAUGGACUUUAGGAAUUUACACAUCCACUACACAUUUGGGAAUUCACACAUUCAUUAGGAUAUAUAAGUAGUGGCUUGAGUUGCCUUCUCAUUAUUAUUUGUGUAUCAUUCUGAAAAUGAAAGCUUCCCCCAUUAUUCCUGAUGGAGACAUCUGAAUUCCACAGUUCAAUCUUGUGGCUUUUCUCUCUUCUUUAAUACUAAAAAUCCUCAGCAGUGCUCCCAUUAACAUACCAAAUCUAUCCCCACUUCUAGUUGUUGGACCAGUAACAGUUUCUAGCCUAGGGAGGCAUUUGGCACUAAUCUAGCCAGGCUGCAGGAACUUUGGGCAGAACCCCCUUUCCAUUUAUAACUGUAGUGCAGCUAAUGCCACAGUGUGUAAUACCUGAGAGGCCAGCUGGUAUCGGGUGGUGCCACUGGGGAAGUUUGCAUCUUUUGAUUAUUCCAAAUACAUCACCAGAAAGUUAAUGCUUCAUAUUUUUAGAAGUGUUUUUAAUUAAGAAAAUGUGUGCUUGGGACCAGUAAAUAAAGUAUACAUCGUUAACUUUGAGGAAAAGAGCUGAAGUAAGAAGUUUUUAUAAGCCAAGCAUAUGUAUGCCUGUAAUCCCAGCUACUCAGGAGACUGAGGCAGGAGGCUGACAAGUUCAAAUCCAGCCUGGGCAACUGAGCAAGACCCUGUCUCAAAAUAUAAAGGACUGGGGAUUUAGCUCAGUGGUAGAAGAGCACUUGCCUAGCAUGUGGGAGGCCUUGGGUUCAAUCUCUAUGACUGAAAGAAAAAAAAUUUUUAAAUAAAGGAAACAAUCUGAUGAAAAUCAUCUAUGAAGAACUGUCAGAUAAAGCAAUAGAGUCAGAGGGUCAUGACACACUGAUGUGAGGCAUUUUGGAAACUUUCUGAAGGAACUUUUUUCCUUUAAAUUUUUUCCCCCUCUUAGAUUACCAUGUCCUAUUGGAACUUGGUUAUAUAAUGGUGCAUUUCUGAAUUAUUGAUUAAAAUCAGUUGCUUCUGAUUUUAGUCAUGGGUUUUACAACUGUUCAGCUUCCUUACCCUCACAUUUCAUUUCUUUUAAAUACCAACCUUUUUUAAAUGUUAAAGUUUUUAGAUGUAGAAUUUAUAAGUAAGUAAAGCAAAUUUUAAGCCAUUGUUCAGUUAGGUGAGCUAAUGUGUUUGGUCUUAGAGGGCCUGACUUUAGAUGCUUUGUGAUAUUUUACAGUCUGUGCACACUAUUCGGUGUGUACAGCACAACCUCUAUCCCUGUGAACUGCAUAUAGAAUGCUUUAUUUAGAAAUACAUUCUUCUUCUGUAUGACCCUUUGUAAUCUGCAGUUGCUUACUCAGGGGUUUCAUAGUAGUGACAAAAUAUAUUCACUAGCUAUCUAAUGGUAUUUUUAAGACUGUUUAUAGUACAAGAUCACUAUGGGUCCUUUCAACAAUUCUAUAAACAUACUGUUCACUAGGCCUUCCUUGUAAAUGUUCCCAGUUCCCAUUCUGUCUCAGUCAGUGGUCCUACGGCAGUGACCAUUUGCAUGAUUUCUUGUUGCAUUGCUACAUUCAGGCAUUCCAGGGCAUGAUGAAACAGUCAUUGAUGGUGCCUCUCUGGUACAGUUGACGCAUGCAUUGCUCUCUUUCCUCCACUGUUUUUAUAUAGCUUUUAAUUAAAAGGAAAAACAUACCACUAAUCUGCAAUACAAAAUUUUUCAAAUUUCUUUGGAUACUAUUAUGAAUCAUUUCUCUUUCAGAUUUAAAAAUGUUUUCAUCUAAGCUGUGUGAGAACAUAAGAACAAAAUCCUGCUUGUUUUAAAUGUUUUGUAUAUUUAAAGUAUGGUCAGUAUUUUCUCCCUGUACCUUAUAAACAGACCACCCUGGGGUGGUCACUGCCCCUUGCAUAGCUAAUCUCAUCCACACAGAUGCCUGUGUAUGUGUCUAUUCACAGGUGUACAUGGAGUCAGUUAUGAUAAGAAGGGUGAUCUACAAGGCUGAUGAGCCAGUUUCAUGGCAUGUUUAAUGUAUAACUCCCUUGUGUCAUGAGAACUUCACUAGAAUGUCAUUAAACAGCCCAACUACCUCAUGUGAAAUCGGCUGUGGACAAUCUGUGUUAGAUGAGAAAUGUGUUCAAAUAAAUUUAUUCUGGUUAAUAGAUUGAACAAAAUGAUGUCUAUAUAAAGAAAAAACAGGUUAGACCAGAUGCCAAAGGCUAAAAAUGUACAUAGAUUUCCUUGGAUUAAUUUUUAAGUCAGUAUUUAAUUUUACACCUAGUAUUUGUAUGAAUGUUUGUGGUUUCAUAGAUCCGUGCACUUUGAAUAUCUGUCACAUGCAGUCUUAUGUUACCGUACUUGUCUUUUCAGCAUUUUGAAUGAGCAUCGUAUUGCCAGUAGAAAGCAAGAUAAACUACAAAAGUGUCCAAUGGAUUGUUGACCUUUUAAUUUAAUGGAUCUUGACUUAGACUAUAACGUGUUGGAGCCUUUUUAGGACCAACUGAUGAAUGAGAAUUUCAUGUUUAGGUUUGCGUUGCCUCUCUGUCCAAGUUAUUCUGUAUCUCAUGGGGAGGGGAAACCGGGGAGGGCUUUCCUUUUUUGAAAAAUGUUUGAA